CGAAAGUGAGACGUAUUUUACCGAGAUCUAGAUUUUGCGAUGAUGGAUACAGUCGAGGAAGCGUGUGAAUACAGAAAACCAAGCAUAUUAUAUAAACUGGGUAAAAAACUCGGUCAGGGUGCUUUCGGGGAAGUCUUUCAAGCAACGGAAUCUGGUGGUAAGCGACGGAUCCUUGCCAUAAAGUUGAUAAAGUGCAUUCGAAAUGAAGAUCUCGAAAAUGCCAUUAGGGAGAUCACAUUUUUGACAGGUUUAAACCAUACUAACAUUGUGGAGAUGUACGAUUUUGGCGUAAGGCAAGAGUGGCAAAUGGAGGUUGAUUUCUCCUUGUUGCUGGAGUACUGCUCAAAAGGUGGGCUUAAUAAUAAAUUGGCCCAACAAAAUUCGAAAACCCAGAAGCUUGCCUGGAUGCGCAGUAUUACAUCAGCCGUCGUUUAUUUACACAGCGAAGGAAUCGUACAUCAGGAUUUGAAGCCAGAUAACAUCUUGUUAACUGAGGAUAAUGUUAUUAAAGUGGCUGACUUUGGCCUUGCGCGAAGAUUUGCUCAACGGUCUGAAGGGCAAACAUGGAAGGAAUACUACAUCGACCAGGGCGUUGGAGCAAUUGCUUAUGUGGCACCGGAAAUGCUCGGGAAUCAUCAUAACAACAAAGUCGAUGUAUUCUCGAUGGGCAUUGUGUUCCAUGCAAUCUUAGAAGGCAUGUACCGCGACUACGGCAGCAAAAGAUAUUAUGGUGUCUUUGUUAAGACGAAGAAUAAACAGAAAGAACCGAUCGGGACGGAGAUGCAUGAGAAGCAAAGGGACCUCCCAGUUCCAUUUCAAGGAAGAAGACGACGAUUAAUUGAACGUAUGUUGAAGUAUGAUCCGAGAGAAAGACCAACCGCUAAAGACGUUCAGAACGUUUUAAGAUCAAGAUUACAAACCUGGUUUCAACUUGUGUACUAAAGGUCAAGAAUUGAAUGCAUUAUUUUUGGUGAACCGUUUCUGGUCAUC